CAAUCUACUACAUAAAAACAGUUAUAUUAUUGAUAAUUAUCAGCCCAAUUCCCAAGGCUUGUCAGAUUCCAUGAAGCCCAAAUCUAAAUCCAAGGCCAAAGCCAAAGCCAAAGCCAAAACAUAUGAAGAUGAUCCUAAACUCAGAAUGGGUCAUACUUAUUCCUCCUCUACAUUGUCAUCUUCAUUCCUUGCAUUUGAUCAUGUCAAUCCAGCAGGAAUAGAACCAGAUGCAGAAGCCAUUGCUAGCAUGAGGGAAAUGAUUUACAGGGCUGCAGCUUUCAGGCCUGUAAAUAUAGGCAGAGAAAUAUUUAAAAAGGCCAAACGAAAGAAUGUGAGGAUUUCAAGUGACCCACAGACAGUUGCAGCGCGUCAGAGGAGGGAGAAGAUCAGUGACAGGAUCAGAAUACUUCAGAGGCUUGUUCCAGGUGGAGCUAAAAUGGAUACUGCUUCCAUGCUUGAUGAAGCAGUCAACUACCUCAAGUUCCUUAAAUCACAGAUUGAAGCUCUUCAAUCCAUGAGCAAUAAUAAGGUUAACAAUAUGGAGAUCAGUUCUUUGAUAGGCUCCUGCUCAACUGGUACUUCUCUCAUCUCUUCUCUAGUUCACUAUUCUGAUGAUGGGUCUCAGAGUAUGAUCUAAAAGUUAAAAACGCAGAGUAUGAUCUAAAAGUUAAAAGACACAUAUGCAGUUAAUCCAGAAGCUUUCAAAUGCAUUAACAUAAGCUGUUAAAACUUCAUGUCUUUAAUUGAUACUUUUCUCAUUUAUUUCUCUUCCUUCAGCAGUGCUCUAAACUAGAUCAUAUCUAUCAAAAUGGUCUGUUGUAAAGAACAGAUCAUUAACUGUUUGUA